AUGGAACCGGUUACCUUUAUUCAGGAGCACGUCCUAGCGAUCAACGCACUUCAUGCGACUCAGGGCGCGCUGUCCUGCUCGAAUAGCGCGACUUCAUGCAUGAUGGCCCUAUCUAUUGGAAGGCAGUGUGAAGAGAACGGCAACGAAGACAAUGGGGAGAUCAGCCAUAAGACGGAUUGUCGCACGGGGUGUCCUCAAACAGAAUAUGCGCUAUCGUCAAGAAGAGCGCUACUACUACGUCCGCCGUAG